UCAAAAAGGCAAGAAAGAGGAGCUUUGAAUUUAAUUGAGAUAUAAAAAAUUUAUGCAUAAAAGCUCAUUAACAAUUUAAAUUGACACAACCGAAAAGUCAACAGUUUGUUCGAGAAAAAAGGAGGAAGGAACCUGCAAAAAAAGAGAUGUUGACUCAAAGUAACAAAAUGUUUAAUUUAGUGUUAAUUUUAAGUGUAUUAUUAUUCAAGAAUGGAAGUUGCUAUGAAAUUACCUCGUAUGCUCGAGUAUCGAAGAAUGGUGGUUCAAUUAGUGCUAAAUCAGACACAGCCAAUGACCCUUCAUCCAACUACAUGUCACACAUUGAGUCAACGUUAAUUGAUAAGCAGAACAAUGUGGCUCUAAAACAACAACAACAACAAGAAAAAGAGCAACAGCAACAAAAAACAGCCACAUCAGGCAAUGAAAAUGUAAAGGAAGUAGAGGAAAAAUCAGAGGGACGUGCCAUCAAAAGCAAUUAUUACUUUCCAUUGUCAGACUUCCUAACAAAAGCAAAAGCAAUGCAAAGCAACAGCUACAAAAAUGAAAAGGAAGGUCGACUCAUUGUUUAUCCAUCUUACACACAAAAUAUUGAUCAAACAAGGCGGAGAUAUGAUAUGACACCAUCAACAGGGCAAGUGGCACAAAGGCGAUUUGCUCCCGGAGAAGCUUAUGGCGUUACAGGCUACAAAUUAAAGCAUCCGGAAAAGUUUCCCGGCUACAAAUAUCCACAGCCAAAUCCCGUCCCACAACCUCAGCCGCAACCGAUAAUGAUGAAUUCAGCACCUCCAAGGCAGCCACUUCCUCAACCUCCCAUGAUAAUGCCUACAUUUAACCCACCAGCAGCAUCAAUGAUGUCAGAUUUGCCACCAUCUCAGCAUUAUUUGCCUCCAAGUAAGUUCCUUUAUCCCAUUAUUGUGGCUGACACAACAACUGAAUCACAAGUAAAGGCAAUAAAAGCGCCUCGUGCCACACAACCUUCCCAUUUCCUUCCUACCAUGCCUACAGAAGAUGAAACUACAUCCAUGAAUCCCAUAAUUGAUUUAUUAUCUUUCAAUAAAAAAGUUAAUACCUCAUACAUGCCACCAGAAUUGCAAGCUAUCAAAGAUUCUAUCGACAGUAAUCAUGUAGUUAUAGAUGAUUCUCAUAACAAUAUUGAUGCUGAUACCGUUGCUACUGCUGAUUUACAUAGAUUCCCUCCAAACGCAAAUUCAAUUUAUCAACCCGCCGUCGAAAUGAAGCGUAAUAAUGCUAUAAAUUAUAAAUCACGAGGCUCCUUAGAGAUUACAACAAUUUCGAAUGAAGAUUUACAUAAAUUUCCUCCUAAUGCUGAUAGUGCCUACUUACUACCUUCAAAUGAUGUGAGAAAUCUGGAAAUAAUAAAUAAUCGUUUACCAUCACCUUCAGGCAGUAAAAGGAAUAACAUUAACACUGUUGAUAGAGCAAAGACAUCAGUGCCGGCAAUAGAUCUUAAUAAAUUUCCCCCAAAUAUAAAUUCUGUAUAUCCGCCAAAGGCAACAAAGAAUUUUGUCAAUUUAUACAAUAACUAUCUUGCGCAAGCAUCAGACCGGGAAAAUAACAUCAGACCAAUAGUCAGACAAGCUUCAAUAGAUCCAUCACUCGAUCCUGUAGACUUAAGUGGAUUUCCAAUUAAGAACAACCAAAAAGAUGCAUCUGUAGCACCAGAAGAUUUAAACAAAUUCCCACCGAAUUUAGAUUCAGAUUAUUUACCGCCAGAAGUAAUGACUCUUAUGAAUCUUCGGAACAGCUAUAAUCCAUCAGCUUCUGGGGAGCCAAAGGAUGCAGUGAUUAGUGAUCCAAUUAUGUCAGAAGAUACAUCAGUAGCACCAAAUGAUUUGCAGAAAUUCCCUCCAAACUUGGAUUCAGCUUAUCUUCCACCUGAGAUGAUGAGAAUCAUGAAUUUGUUCAGUAGCUACCUUCCACCUGCUUCAGGUCAAGACAUUGAGAAUUCAAGUAGCACAGUUCAAACACAAGAAUCGUCGGCAGACGCUGAUGUAACGCAAGAAGAUUUACACAAAUUUCCACCCAACUUAAAUGCAGCAUAUUUACCGCCAGAAAUGAUGAAGUUUUUGAAUUUAUAUAGCAGCUACCUUCCACCUGCUUCUGGUCAAGAGACUGAAUCGAAUAAUAAUAUUGAUCAACAAGCACUGACGCAAGGUGAUGACUCUUCACAAAAUAAUAAUAUGAUGUAUCUUCCACCUAAGGAUUUAAACAAUUUUCCGCCCAAUAUAAACUCGAACUAUUUGCCGCCGGAUAUGAUGAAUGAUUUAUCAUUAGUCAACAGCUAUUUACCACCAGCAUCUGGUAACGAUCUCAGUUUGAGACCACCACCUCCUGACUCUUCCAUUCCUAUCCCUCCUACUUCCUCUAUGAUGAAUCAGCAAGCUGCAAAUGGUGGCAUGCAAAUGAGCCAAGGAUAUAUUUAUAACAAACCAACAGGUGGUGACAUGAUGAUGCCUCCUUCUGGAUUGAUGGAUAUGCCUUCAAGUGGACCACCGGAUGAUCACGAGCAUGAUGAUCAUCAUCAUCAUCACGACCAUCCAUGGGAUUCAUAUCCAGACAUUUAUUACGACGACCACGAUCAUCAUCAUCAUCAUCAUCACGUGGAGGAAACGACCACGCCUGCACCACUUCCAGUUGAGCCACGUGUUAAGAAGUACAGUUACUAUUACUUGGGCAGAAAAUUAUGGUACAUCCCGCUCUAUUUUACUUUCUGGUUCUGUUUGUAUGUAGCCGCAUUAAUUAUUCGAUCAAUUGGACGUCAUAAGGUCGAUUUACCAAAUCAUUACGUAGCGAGAAGCUUACACGACAUGUCACAUAAGGAAGUAGUCGAGAAAAUAAAUAAGAUGACGGAGUUCGCAAUGACACAAAUAGACGAUUUUAAGAAUAAAUAUUUAUGA